AUGGCUUACCAUUUAGGAGCUACGUUUCCAAAUUUUACUGCUACUGCUUCUAAUGUAGAUGGAGUUUUUGACUUUUAUAAAUACGUAGGAGAUAGCUGGGCUAUUUUAUUUAGUCACCCACAUGAUUUUACUCCUGUAUGUACUACUGAACUUGCUGAAUUUGGUAAAAUGCAUGAAGAAUUUUUAAAGCUCAACUGCAAAUUAAUCGGAUUUAGUUGUAACUCUAAAGAAUCUCACGAUAAAUGGAUAGAAGAUAUAAAAUUUUAUGGAAAACUAGAUAAAUGGGAUAUUCCUAUGGUUUGUGAUGAAUCCAGAGAAUUAGCUAACGAAUUAAAAAUUAUGGAUGAAAAAGAAAAAGAUAUUAAAGGACUUCCAUUAACUUGUAGAUGUGUUUUCUUUAUUUCUCCAGAUAAAAAAGUCAAAGCAACCGUUCUUUAUCCAGCCACGACAGGAAGAAAUUCACAAGAAAUUCUUAGAGUUCUUAAAUCAUUACAACUCACUAAUACACACCCUGUUGCUACUCCGGUCAAUUGGAAAGAAGGAGACAAAUGCUGUAUAUUACCAACUGUUGAUAAUGCAGACCUUCCAAAACUUUUUAAAAAUGAAGUAAAAAAAAUGGAUGUACCAUCACAAAAGGGGUAUUUAAGAUUUGUUCAAAUGUAA